CUUCCCAUAGUGUAAUAAUUUCAAUGACAAAAUUGCUUGUGUACAGUACGGUUCCACACACUCCAACAACUGUAAUCUAUUGCAAAUACUUCCACAAUGAGUCUCGUAGAGAGUACUACCAAAUAUGGAAACUAAUUUUGACGCACACCCCACCCAACGUCCACUUGUGCAAAGUCAUUCAGGCAUGUUCUUUUUCAGGUACUGGAUAAAGACUGGAAACAAAAUGAUGAAACGGGAAAUAUGUUGUAAUAAAGCACACACAAAUUGGCUCUGUGUGUGUUUAGUCUACCAUUCUUGAGGCAAUUAAUAAUAGACAAGUGUUGCAAGAGUUUGUAAGGAAGUAAAAACGAAUUAUCAACGGUUUAUUCCAACACAAAGCAAAAUGUCUUUCAGUUUAUUACUCAGAGUGUGUGACCAAAACUGCUUGUACUAGGACUAAUGUUGUUGCGCUUUUUUGAUAACGGCAGAGCAUUUUUGUACGACUGCGCUGUCCGUAGUUUGCAUCCGUAACCCAAUAUAACAUGGCGCCGCUCUCUUCAACACAUCAUGUGUAAAGCAAGGAGAAAUGAUACAUUGGGGACAAAUAUGUUGAAAGCUAUAGCUGAUAGUUGUUGAUUAAUAAAAACGUUUGAACCGUUCAAGAACGAAAGGGAUCUCGUAGUGGACGUGGAAGCGGAAGUAUGGGGUUGUAUCAUUUACUGUGUUGCCCCAGCGUUGCACGCCAAAAACUGUUGAAGUCAAUGACGACUUACACGCUUAGUUUCGGUUCCAACUUAAGAUCGUUCAAUGUACAAACAAGGCCAGGCAUAUGUAACGUUUUGCUCAAGACCAACAAACAGCAAACUAUUUAUCGCCCAUUUUCCAUCUCUACAGCUGUCACUAAAGAUGUCAUGCUGUUUGAACACAACAGAACCAGGUUCUUUCGCCUCUUAGCCGUCUUCUGUGGCGGUCAGGUUCUUUUCUGGACAUACCUGGCCUACUUUGCUUUCACUGGCCUACGAGAUACAAGUGGGAAAAAAGUAGAGACUACUGGUUUGGCAGGCUUUUGGAGUUUUGAAAUGAACUUGGGGUCUGUUGCUUGGAGAUACGGUUUCACGUUGACUUGUCUUGUUAUUGGAGGAGGAAUUGGGGGAUUUGGGGCCCUUUUCUGUCGCCGGUCAGUCAGUCAAGUGAUUUUGCAUAAAGGAGGUUCGAUGGUCACAGUCACCACACAGUCCCCUCUGGGAGCAGACAGAGGCAGGCGAAUGACCGUCCCUCUAUCAUCUGUGACCUGCCAUGCCCACAGACAGGAGUCUCCAUCUUUCAUUCCGCUUCGGGUGAAAGACCACAAGUUCUAUUUCCUAUUGGAUAAGGAGGGGACACUGAACAAUCCCAAACUAUUUGACAUUACCGUCGGAGCCUAUAGAUCAUUUUAACAUUUGGCCUACUUUUCAAUUGGAAGUGUUGUAUUGUGAUGUUAAGGAGACCACAUGCGGAAGUAUAAUACAUUUUGUUGUUUAGAACAUGGAAUAAAUUGUGAAUGUGACAUACAUUUUUCCAACAGACAUUGAGUAUGACGAUACAUGGACAUUUCAGUUAUAUAAUAUAAAAACAAAUGGACAAACUAGACAUUGUUUCAUUGCGUGUACAUUCAGAUCAAUUUGUAAUAAUUGGCAAAGUUAGUUAUACUUAUUCCGCACACUCACUCCCCAUCGUAUCUUUCUUUUUGUAGCAAGUUCAAGUGUUUUGGAAUAUUUUUCAGCACCAUGGACAGCUCGUUUAAUUUGACUAUAGUUCGUCGUCUACGUGGUAAAUUAUUUAUUCUAUUUAGCCUAAAUAGUACGGGUAAAAUAUUCUUCAGAUGACAUGGUAUACAAAUAACUCGAAUUUGUAAACCCCGCUGCAGUAGGUGGCAGUGAAGCUCUGUCGCACAAUCUGGGAUUAUCCCUAAACAUUCCGUGUAUGUUUCCAUCGGUGAGAGGCGCAAUUCAAGUGACUAAUAUAUGGGAGAACGCAAAUCUUUUUUUAGUAUUAGUUUUCAGUUCAGAUAAGAUGUGUGCGUCUCUAACAGCCGUAUUAUGAUUGUAAAAGCGAUCUUUUGGAUUUGUACAUUCUAUUCACAGUUUAACAGACUGUCACUUUUGUGGAUUUAAACUAUGCCUGUUGCUAUUUGACCUUAAUUCUGCAAUAUAACGGCAUCAAUAAUCCGGCUAAAUAUGUCUCUGGAACUCGAUGUGUUUGUGGGGAACUCAACAAUCAUCGAUAUUGCUGUCUAUCAUCUUUGGUUGGACGGCUAUACAGUGGCAGAUGCAGUUAGAGCGCGUGUGGAUUGCCGAGCCAUGUUGGAUUGCGACGUGAGUGCAGAAGUUCUACACAGUGACACCAUGGACCAGUUCAGGACCUUCCACAUGUGUGAGCGUCUCCUCCACUGCCCCGUCAAACUGUCCAAUCAGCUGCUGUUUCAGAUCCCCCCUCAGAGUCAGAGCAUGCUCAUUGAGAGGUAUUAUGAGUUUGACAGUGCGUUUGCCAGAGAGGUGCUGGGUAAGAAGCUGUCUAAGGGGACUAAGAGAGACCUGGAGGAUGUCAGCUCCAAAACAGGGGUGGCUCUGAAGAGCUGCAGGCGACAGUUUGAUAAUUUCAAGCGAGUGUUCAAAGUGGUGGAGGAACUAAAAGGCCCACUUGUGGAAAACAUUCAGCGUCACUUCUUGCUUUCUGACACAUUGGCCAGGGACUACGCCGCUGUCGUGUUCUUUGCAAACAGCCGUUUUGAGACGGGAAAAAGGAAGCUUCAGUACCUCUCCUUCCAGGACUUUGCCUUCUGCGCAGGCCAGCUCAUCAGCUACUGGACCGUUGGAGCUGUGAACAAUAUGGUUGAUGACAUGGAUGUUGAUUUAGAGAAGGAGUUUCUGCAUGAACUAAAAGAUAUCAAGAUUUUGAUCAACGAUAAAGAUAUGCUGGACCAGCAUAAAAGUCUCGUGUGUGCUGCUCUUCGUGGGAAGAUCAAAGUGUUCAACGAGAUGGAGGCUAAUUUCAAACAUCUGUCAAGAGCACUGGUUAACAUUGCAUCUAAGCUAAACAACACCAAAGAUGUCAGAGAUUUAUUCAUUGACCUUGUGGAGAAGUUCAUUGAGCCAUGUCGAUCUGACAGAUGGACAGUAGGGGAACUCAAACUCUUCCUCACUCACUACACUACUGCAGCCCUCUCUAUUGGCACAUUCAGGUACCAGCUGGCGUGGGAGAGGUACAUGGGCGUCAUGCGAAGCUGCAUCAUCAAGAUGUAUCACGAAUAAGUAGACCUGGUCUGAUCCAUCCAUCUCGCUGAAUAUCUACUGAAUAUCUUUACCCAACUGCCGUUUGUUGCGCUGGAAUAUCUUCCUCUAUCUUUUGACAUAGCUUUGAUGCUGUGUUCACAUGUCCCAUGGUCACCACAGUCUCCUGAUCAUGCUGCACUAGUAUGAAUUGUUUACUAUAU